AUGAUGGACUCCAAUAAGAUGACCAUAAACUUGGCCCUCUUUGGCAUGACUCAAAGUGGAAAAAGUUCUGCUGGGAACAUUCUUCUGGGAAGCACUGACUUCCACAGCAGCUUUGCUCCAUGUUCUGUGACCAAAGAUUGCAGUCUGGGCCGCAGUUGUCACUUCCACAGCUUCAUGCGUCGAGGGGGGCAAGAGGUAACCCUGCAGGUCCAGGUGCUGGACACUCCAGGUUAUCCGCACAGCAGGUUGAGCAAGAAGCAUGUGAAGCAGGAGGUCAGGGAGGCCCUGGCACAUCACUUCGGGCAAGAGGGUCUGCACCUUGCACUGCUGGUCCAGAGGGUGGAUGUGCCUCUAUGUGAACAGGAAGAAUCUUCCCCAGUCCAGAUGAUCCAGGAACUUCUGGGACAUGCUUGGAAGAAUUACACUGCCAUUCUUUUCACCCAUGCAGAGAAAAUAGAAGAGGCUGGGUUCAAUGAAGAUGAAUACUUACAUGAGGCCUCUGAUACACUGCUAACUCUACUAAAUUCUAUUCAGCACAGAUAUAUUUUCCAGUAUAAAAAAGGAAACUCACUUAAUGAACAAAGACUAAAAACCUUAGAAAGAAUCAUGGAAUUUAUAAAAGAAAAUUGUUACCAAGUUCUUACCUUUAAAUGA